AUGAGGUCAGCGCAAAGUUCACUCAGAACAGACAGCUUGAAACUCUGGUACUUAGGACGGAUAAGACUCUCGCUAUUACCGCUAUCGAAUAGAGCCUUGACUUGUAUUCCUUCAAUAUCAACAGUUCCUGAUGACUUUGAAAGAGAUGUUGGAGUCCCUACAGGUACUGUAGCGAGUGUGGGCGACCAGGCCGUCCCAGAAAAUUUACAUUUUUUGAAGACCUUUCUACUGGCCUCUCUUCUGACGCUUUGAGCAAAUUACAUGACGAGCUGGACACUUCGAACGGGGGUGGUUAUUGUUUCCACAGCAGAAGCAACUAGAGGCUUCAGACUCUACUGCAGCUAGGGUGUUGGGAUCUGGCUGGACCUGCUCUGCCACGAGGGCAGGGGUGGGAUGGACUGCCCGUUCACAGAUGGUGAAGGAACUGUAUACGAUUCAGAUCUGAGAGUUUCGAACAUGGUCUUCAAAUCUCUCCAAUAAUCUCUAGUGGAUGUACUCUCUUAGCGAUAUUGUGCAGCUGUGACACUUUGGAAAUUACAGUCCUUGCUGAGAGUUUCCAAAGAGAGAGCUUGAAGGUAUUCAUCAAGUGUUCAAAUGAGGCUGCUGGCACCGUGUGGCAAGAAUAUGACGGGUAAAAAUCUCUUUUCUCCGCUUCACAAAAAGAGCUUGUAAUAUUCCAACGCCUGCGUCAUAUUUUGAAAGAUCGCGGGGGACACGAAAUUCGCCAAUACCUCGACCUUGUCGAGACCCUCUCGUGGUACGACUGCCACAAUUUUUCUAAGGUUAAUCGUUUCCAAUGAAGUCAUUCUCUCGCUGUUCGAAUCAGUUUCCAGGCCUUCCGGCCGUAGAACUUUGUCCAUUGAGAUAGCUGAUUAUUAUUAUUAUUAUUUUUUUAUGCAAAGAAGACGAUUGCCCUUUAAACUUAAGGUUUUAAUCAGCUAAUCUCUUACUAACAAGCAUACAAGAAAACAUGGCGGCAACCUGCAACAAGCUAGGUCCUUUACAUACGGUCACCGAAAAGUCGCUGACUGAGAUUUCGGGCUCAGAAGCACAGGUACCCAAAAGUAAGAACGUCAGAUCGAACAGUCCAAGGUCCGUCCGAUUACGGAGUACAACAAUAAUAUACUACAAGAAAUACGUGAAUCGCAGGACCUUGCGAAGGACUUCGGGAGAACGGCAAGAAGAUGAAAGGGGAAUGAGACAAAUAAAGCAAAAGGGAAGGAAAAAACUUAAUCUACAAAAAGAACUAUAUAACUAAAAAGAAGACUAAACGUAAAGAAAAAGGAAGAAAAAAGCGAAAAAACUCAGGUUCUGCCUACAAUCGAACUCGGGACCUUCUGCACGCCAGGCCGUUUCGUUACCACAACGCCCCCCCAACAAAAAAUGCAGUUUAUUUGAGUGUCACUGUAUUUAGCACGAAAGUGAUAAUUGUGGACACUAUAUUUUACGUCUCCUAAUGGAGACGGGACCACCAUUUUACGUGAUCAUACGAGCCACGCGAAGGUCCAGUACCUUCAUUUCUCAGUUACUUUACGACCCUGAGUAUUGGUCCGACCCCGGGAAUCGAACCCGCGACCUCCCGUUCUGCAGUCAAGCGCUCUACCGACUGACACAUUGCGAAGAAAUUGAUAAUAUUUCAUUAAAAGCCUUUUAAGAUUCUUGUAUGCACUAUUAUGCUGAGACAACACCAUCUACUAUAACGCAGAAUAGCAUACCUACCACAGCGACAAGUUCAUCUGCAAAGAAGAACCUGAAUGUAUCAAGUAAAACAAACAAACAACCGUCUGUCCUCCGCCUUUCUGUCUCCUUUCAGUUCAUUCAUAUAUUUUUCUAUUUUUCUCUAAAUAGUUAGAGAGCUUGUUUUGUUUCUUUCUCUACAGAUCGUAACAAAAUUCAUACAGUACCAUCUACGUCUGUUGAUGAUAGAAGAUGUGGUAACGAAACUGAUUCAGUGUCAUGGGUAAUGGCAGUCUUUAUCGAAGGAGCAGUACUUGUUAUGGCAUUUGGAUUUACUGCAAUCUUAGUUAUAAAUUUACGGCGCGUAACUCAGAGCAGAGACGGAUCUAGAGGCAAGUUCGUGGGAUAAUUAAGGAAAAUCAUAAUUCAGUUAAAUUCAAUAUUUAUAUCAAGUUACAAUUAGAUAAUCAAAUAAGUGCUUUUGACAAUUUACAAAGAAAAGCAAGAAAGACAAAGAUAAGUUUGCAGUUUGGUUAUGAGAGAGAACUUUUAAAACUCACGGAAACUCAGAAUAACUGUAAAACUGACAUUAAUAGAAGCGCGUUCCUGUCAAAACUGAGAUAAAAAUGUGCCAAUACAGCUAAAGAACUGCGCAACAGUUACUAUCCUAUUCAUCGUUACUUAAAGAGAACGUAUCAUCAAGUUUAGCACGUUGUUUAUAAUUAUUUCUGUUUGCUACUUUUAUGUAGAUGCAAGAGGUGAAGGUUCUGAAAGGUAGGCAAGGGACUGCCCAAUGCACGCAUUGCACUAUCUUCAUUUUUAUUGCGAUGUCAUUGUUAAGAAAGAUUUUUACUUGCCUGUAUAGUUCCACCGAACUCUGUACAGAAAAUUAAUUAUCAAAGAAUUCAUGCUACAAAAUGCUGCAUUUUUAUCCAGGAUUCAGCUUGAAAAUCAGAGCAGCUCUUUGAAUCCAGCACAGAGUGCAGAGGCCAUACAACUCAGUGGGAUGUCAGAUGAAAACGGAGAUAUAAGACUCGUCCUCGACUCAACACAACAUCCUCGCAGGACGGAUUGUGAAUACAAUACCAUGUUGAACCAGUGCACACAAUGGUAAGUCCAACAUCUUAUGUGAAGGAUUUACAACUUAGAGGGUGUUGACAUUUGAUGCCCUACAACCAGUGCCUGGGUAUUGGCACACCUUGAGUACCACACCUUAAGUACCCGAUAUAUAACUUUGCGCAAUUUUAGUCCAUUUCGCCCUGUUAGAUGCCAUUUUGAAACUUGAGCUUAGAGUAAAAACAGUGGAUUUAUUUACCCUGGAGCCAUCAAAAACGACGACGAGCAUACAGGGACCUGGUGCCCAAUUAAUUAGUGCCAGAGUACAGUAUGCACUCGGGAACCAGCACCGUGCAUGAAUUUGGCCUUGCUACUUGAAAGAAAAAAAGGUUCACAUUUAUCCUCAUGGCGAGUACUGACUCCGGCACCAAUUGUGAACGCUGCCUUAAAUAACAGUGAUUAUAAGAAGAAGAAGACGCUUCUAAGUUUACUUAUCAUAAUAUCUUUUCUCAGUUACACUAUAUACUCUUCAAUCAUUUAAUAGUUAUAGCAUUUAACCCUAUACAGACGAGCUUUGAGCUCUGGUCUGAAUUGGAGUCAGUGAAUACCGGAGUGUCUCCCUCUCUGGCGUCUGACGGCAUGAUUAUUAAUCCGGUAAUUAUUUCUUCAUUUAGUUUCCUUUUUUAACAAAUUCUUUCCACCAUUUAUUCCAGACACAAAGUGAAAGAGUCUACUCAUCCCUUACAGCUUGUGAAUCAGUAAAUUAAGUAACCGCAGUAGACCCUGCAAUAAAUCACCGAUAAAUGUCAGUCAAGGAUUUCCUCCUGGUUUUCACGACAACUGAUGUUUUGAUUUUAACCCUAUUGGAAUAAAUAUUAAAUAAAUAACUGUUGUUGAGCUUUAAUUUUACUAAUUUUGUUUACGUUUCAACAAGAAAUGAAUUUAUUGUAUGCAAUUUAUACCGUGCAAUUUGGAAGAAUUACCUAUGUUUUUAAUAAAUGAGAAUUUAAGAACAUUACAUUGAGAACAUCGUAAUUCAGGCUGAGAGUCACUUAAGGACGGGUAUCUAUCUCUCUUCUGUACAGUCCACUUUGGGCGACUGCAAGGAAAGGAAGAAAGAACUAAAGAAGUGCGCACUGAGUUAAUAAUGGAAAGACGCACUUUUUCCCUAGCCAUUUUCUGCGCUUCAUGGAGUGUGUAUGACUUGAAUUUCUAAUUCUGCGAAAAGCAAGUACCAACAGAUAGGCCUUUCCCGAUUGUGCUUGUAAAAUGCUAGAAAGUUGCUCGCUGGAAUGCAAAAAAGUUGCUACCUAAAUUUCAAAAGUUGUCACCUAAAUUUUUUGAUCAUAUUUUUAUUUAAACGUUAAUUAAAAGCUUUAUUUUUCGUUCUUCGCAAUAAUUACUAACAUCGGUCAAGAAAAAAAAAUAAUUAAAAAAUGAAGUUAUCUAUGAAAUCGUUGACGUCUUCGUCCUUAAUAUGUGCUCUAAACCUAUAUUUUGCUCAAAAGUUCCUCAGAAAGGCAAAAUUUGCUCGAGGUUAAUUGCUAGAACCCCAAAAAGUAGCCUGCGUAGCAAGCGUUUCCGUGCGGUUUAGGAGCAAAGAACGAGGAACGAGAGUCAAAGACCGCGCGAAAAAUGGCGUAAGUGAAAGAGCGGGGAGGGGGUGGGGAAGAAAGGAAGGAAACGCUUGCAGACAAACCCAGGGAUUUUGAAAACCGCCCACUAGGCUUGUCACGCCUGAGUUCUCGCACCGACGUUUGAUGCUGUCAUUAGCUGUCAUAAUUGACCAAUAGAAUGUUUGGCUUUCAGUGGAGCGGAAAUGAAAUUCAGAAGACGCGUAUGUGAACCCAAAGUGUAUUUUUUUGUAUUUUGUAACACGUGGACGGCGUUUAUGUUGAAUAUCAAUGAAUCCGAACGAUCAAUACAGGCUUUGGACAUUUGUUUUUUUAAUCCGUCUAACAUGCAUAACAGUCUGUAAAUCACCAUCUGAGAGAAUUCAACAUUCCUCAAAAAAACACUAACGAGCUGGGCCCAGCAUGACACAUUACAAGAAACCAUCGCAUUCGCGGACAAAAGAAAAUCGCUUUUAAUUGUGGAGGCAUUAUGGAGAAUAAAUCAAACGACCUGAAACCCUGAUUUAGUCGCAAGGAGAACCUUAAGUUUCAAAAGAGGUCAAAGAAAAUGCUCUUGCAUUGGAGGGCAAAUCUUGCCGACCAGAAUAACCAACAACCACUGAAAAUUAAUGUACGUGUCACGUACCAUACCGUCCUCUCAGUAUGAAACAAACCUUUGAUCGACACAUGUCAACAUUGUUCGACUAGCCGAGCCAAUCAGGCGCUGCGUUCGCUGGCGAACGCAGGUUUUCAAAAUCGAGGGGUUUGUCUGCAAGCGUUUCCUUCCUUCCCCUCCCCCUCCCCCCACUUUCAUUUUUUGGCUCUUGUUUCAUUUCUCGCGCGGCCAAAACCGAGAAUCCCGUUCCUCGGUCUUUCUUUGCUCCGAAACCAAACGGAAACGCUUGCUACGCAGGCUACCCAAAAAGUUGCUCAAAAGUUGCCGGGGAUGGCCUACCAACAGAUUAACCCUCUUUGUGUAUAUCACACUUUGUAUCGCAAGGUAUUGAAGUAUUUCCUUUAGCUCUUUCGCGCCAAGUGUGUUCCAUAAAUUAUUGGCUAAGAUCCAUCUGUCAACGAAGGUACUUGCAAGGCUUGCUUCGUUGUGUCAUUCAUUAUGUUAAUACUGACAAUAUAGCUAAUAGAAAACCUGAUACUACCAUAACUACCCACAGAGAUGCAAUUGUCACCUAAACGUUACUAUAGGAAUCAUGGCUUCUGUUCUUGUGUGCUUGUCUGCCUUGUUUUUCUUGUUGCCUCAGUGCAGUUUGUCAUCGUUGGUAAUAGCGCUUCUAACAAACGUCACAAGACUUACUUCAGCACCAUAUUAUAGGAAGAGCAAAUUCACAACAGUUUCCUUUUUUCUUUUUUAGAAUCAACGUCCUGGUUUGCUCAAGUUAAGAUUAUACUGAGCUCAAAAUAACUUUUUGGUUUUACUGGAUUGUGGAUAAUUCUUCAUGGUUUCAGCGCCGAAAUUGAACCCAAGUUUAGCGCAAAAUUUUAAAAUAAGCUAUACGUAACAUUUCAGGUCUGAAUAAACAACGUCAAUGUUUAAGAAGAGAUGUAAGUGCAAGAGCUGAGGCACUGCCUUAAAAUACUGAGACCGACACCUUGGUAGGGCUAUUUUACUUUCGAUGUGUUUCAGUUGACUCAUGGCGAACGAGCGUUUGUCCUCAAUCUCGGGCUUUAUCCUUACAGUCAGCUGUACAGUCCUGUGUCUACAAGUGCCGGGCUGUACUGGCAUCAUAAGUAAGAGAACCUUUUUUGUUCUUAUUUUAUCAUUUGUUUUUCAAAAUAUUCACGUAGUUUCAGUUUUACUGGACGUAAGACACGUGUGAUUUAAUCGCCAUAGCUCUCACUGGUGGUAAUUACAUUUCAUCUACUAAAACAAUUCUGCCGCAAUACAUGUCUUUGGUUAUCGAUAUCUGGCGCCAAGACUAUCGAGUCUACAAAAUUCAAAUAAUUUCAAAAUUUAGCUCCUCACUCAUAACACACAUUAUUGUUUGUUUCUCCCACGAAAACUUCUGUUACUCUGAAGUGCCGUGGUUAUUUAAACCUACAUGCACAGUCAUAUCAGGUCAAAGCAGCUCUUAGUUCGGUUAUAGUGACGCAGGAGUAUAUAAUUUGGGACAAACAACCGAGUUCUUCUUCUUCUGGAGGUGAAUCAGUGAAUGUUUUAGUAUAUACUAAUUUGUUUUUCUCUCAAGGCCACACGCUCUUUUACGGCUGUUCCCGGUACACAUUUUCUGCAUCUCAGGAAGAGAGGUUUUGGGUUGAUUUUAGUAUGAGCAGAGUCCAUUGCAAAGAUAAUGGAAGUGACCUUGUUUCUAUUGAAAGUAACGAGGAGUGGAGCUUUCUGAACGACACUAUAAACAAAUUUCAACAGAGUGAUGGAACUGAAUACUUCAUUGGUUUAACCAAAGACAAAGACGGACGCUGGAGGUGGAUCAGUAAUAACAGCACAGUGAAUGAAUCCUAUUGGGCAAAAGGCCAACCCCUCAAAAAUAACAGUAAUAUAAGGUGUGCCGUAAUGUACAAGGAUUUUAACAAGAACUAUGGUUUGUUUGAUGAUUUGCCUUGUACACAGCAAAAGCAUGGGUUUAUAUGUGAAAGUGAGUAUCAUGUCAUGUGUUGAAUAUAAUUGCUAAGAAACUAAGGUAUGGCUCAGAAAGAAUAGGGUUUUCGGUAGCAUUUGGAAGUACCGCUGGCGUGAACGUUGAGUGCCGGAGGCACGAACUCCUAAGGGGGGCCAGGGGCAUGCCCCCCCGCCCGGGAAAUUUGUAAAACUGGUCUCUCUCUCUCUCUCUCUGCAAUUUCCUGCGUUCCCUGUACCGGAAUUGGGUAACCGGAAUUAUGACUCUUUUUUUCGACUGUAUGCAUUACAUAACUAAGUGAGUAAAAGAAGGGUCAAGUCUUUUUUUGGUUAAUAAAUGGAAAAAACGAUUUUCACACUUAAAAAAAUAAUUGUUUCGUGUGUGAACUAGCGGACGUUACAUGUCAAACAACCGGACGUUGCGUCCAGCGUGCGGCCUGAAACGAAACCCCUGGAAAGAAUAUUCUGUGUCUUCAGCAGUGUUGUUAUACAGUUGGUGCAUUUCCUAUACCAUUUCUACUCAUUUUUAUUCUGAAUAAAUAAAUCAUUCUAUAAAUUCCGUUGUGUGAGGUAACAAUUAAAAACUUUCUACGUCGUAAUAUAUAAAUUAUAAAAUUUCAGGUCAUUCUUCAUUGCUCACAACGUCAAGGCGGGUACUUGCAAAGCCAACGAGUGAGCCAGCAACGCCAAAGGAAAGCGACAAACCAUUAUCUGCUACAGGGCCACAUUCUAUAUCCUUUGAACGGAGUCCAUCGACAAAGGACGGUUCAAAGGCAAUCAUUGCUACGACAAGUACGUGCAAUUUACUUUAACAUGUCUUCAUGUUUACCAUGAAGUACUAGUCAACAAAUGAAGUCCUACUAUCGAGGACAUUAUUUUAUGUGACUUUCUGGAUCGACAAUCAUGCAGGUGCACGAAAUUUCAGUAGACUUUUAAAGGGUGAAGUCAGUCAGUCAGUUUCCUCCAAGAAUUACGGGCAUUGUUGAGGUUCUGAGGAUCCGUGCUUCUGCUUCCAGGCUGCAUACUCAGCACUCGUUAAGAGUAGCGGUUGCCACUGAGGAGUGGAUAAAUCCUUUGCUUUUAUAUAGCACAUCUUAUGUCAUCCAGCUACCAUAAAGAUGCCAUUACACAAACGUGCUAGUUUUUUCCUGUCAUACUCUAGCAGUAAAAGUAACGGCCUUAUCAUCUCACAAGCAGUUCAGCGUUGAAGAGUCCAGUACAGAACCCGUCCCGAACACAUCCAGAAACACAAACGCCAGUAUUACCUAUACAAAACCAAAACGUAGGUGUAUCUAUAGAUUCUUUGGCCUGCUCAGGCAAUGUGGGGGCAAUGUACAGCCUUAAUAUCAUUGAAACAAAUUAAUUAAUGUUUUUGGGAUAAUUACUUUAAAAAAAACGCUGGAAACCUACAAGCUCGGUCAAGUUAAUAACGGCCUUUGUUUUGUAACCUGCAAAAGGGAAACAUAAUUUAGAAGAAAUUCUUGUUCAGUUUAGCCUAACUAAUCUGAUGGAUGGGGUGAUUCACGGGUUUUUAGCUCAAAGAAUUUCCACUUUUCGUUGUCUUUUGCAGCGGCAGUUCCUGAGGGAGUCAUCAACGAAUCUCCUGAUAUCACUGUAAUCAUCUUAAUUCUUCUAGCUGUUAUCAUACUGGCUCUUUUGAUUGUAUUUUUCAUCAUUUUUUCUCAGCGACGUCGCAGAAACAAAGCGAAAGGUACUCUUUGUUAUUCUAUUCAGUAACACUUUGUUUUUCAUUCUGAAAAGACUGUAAUGUCACCACAACCAUGCGAACUAUGCUUGUUCCAAAAAAAUAGGAUUUUAAGAUUAAAGAAAUAUUGUUUCUUUUAAAAGAAGCUGCAUGUCCCGUAGCCAUGGUGCUACGCCUAUGGUAGAAGGAACACAAGACAGUGGGAUUGAGUUCAUAAGAAAAGUAAAUUGACACGGCUUUUUUAAAACUUGUUUUGGUCAAUCUACUUUUUACGACUCUGUAAAUCAUAAAAAAAAAAACAUAUCCAAUAUGGCAAAAAUGCCAGUUUUUAACUUCUCCUUUCUAAAUUUAGGAGUAUACUGCAUAUACUUACAUCAUAAACACAGUCGUUGUUGUUCCUUUUUUAACGAUAUCGUCUUCUUUUACACUUCUUUAAGUUUCGUCUCAGUCAGGAAAACAACCCCGUGACCGAAAACAUUACCUGCAUAGCUCCACCGAACUUACAGUUCAUGUUAGCAUGUCACAAGCACAGGAAGAACGUAUUACUAUUAAUACUGUUAGAGAAAACAACGAAGAGUACGCCUAUGCAGUUGUAGAUGAGAGUAAGCCAAAAUCCAAGUGUGACCAGGAAGGUCCAUCCAGCUCUGAAGGAGGAGUGCAAUCACCCCCAAAUGAUGAUCACACCGCAGCAGACCAACUAGCAUUGAAGAAAAAUACGGAGAGGUGUGAUAAAGACAACGAUCAAAAGGACAAAGGGCACCAUGUUUACGCCAACGUGCUUGUUAAAGAAAGUAAAGCAGUCAUGUUUCGUAAAAACACCGCUUCUCGGGAUGCGAGCCUGGACGUUUCCUGCACAGAAGACAACUCGGCUGUGGGUGGGGAUCCUGUGGAGCAUUUGAAUCGUUCAUCUUUGAAACAAGGAAAGGAAAUAAACAGCAACGAGGCCGCCAGUGAACAGGAUACAAAUAGCGAAACUGAGUGCAACGAUCACUUUUAUGCAGUUGUUGACAAAUCAAAAAAGAAACAAAUGGCCCCUAAGGUAGGUACUUUUAAACCACUUAGUUCCUAGUGAUCGCUUAACUAAUAUCUUUGAAUGAUCAUAUGUUCAACAUUACCUUUUUUUACAGAUGCUAAGGGAAUUUCACACUCUUUAUUAUAUACAAUACAAUAUACAAUACAAUCAAUAUAUUUGUGUUAUAACGGGGGGUAGGGUUGCCCCAAGUACCCCAGCCGGAGGCGCAUGUAUAAAACGCAUGACAAAACUAGUAAUAAAUAAUACCCGGUGAUACAAUACUGAUGAAAAUUAUAAUAAUUAAACAGGUGACAAGUGUAUAAAACAAUGAUAAAAAUUAAUGUAUGCGGGAAUGCAUAUGUAAGAGGUACACAAGGAACACCCUUCCCCAUCGUGCUUACUAAAAACUAUGGAUAUCACACUCAGUGGAAGAAUAAAUCGAUUUUGAAUAUAAGAUAAGCUAAAAACCCUAACACAUACGAUACUUACAUUUGCAACUGGCUGUUAGGGCUUUAAAAGCAUAAUAGUUUGCGGAUUCAAGUUUCUUGUUCCGAGUUUUGUUAAUUGCUAAUAGUAGAGGACUGCAAUAUUCAAGGUAUGGAAGUGUAUAAGCCUUGUACGACAUAAUUAAGUGAGAUGUCAACAGGCACCAGCUUUCUUAGUCGUCUCAGGGCUCCAGUCUUAGCAUAGACUUUCUUUAAAACAGCUGAUAGGUUGUCUUUAAAGACCGAACAGUUUAUCGUCGAUAUGAACACCAAGAAUCUUCAGGAGACCAUUUGAUUUCGAUAACAGAAUCGCCAAUAUGAGGAACAGUUACUUGAGAACGCUUGGGUUUUCUUACCAUGGACUAACAAGUAAUUUGAGGCAAACCAGGAUGUCUGUGAAAGAUUCUUAAGAUCUUGAUUAAGAGAUAGUUCCAAAGCUUAAAUGUUGUUAUCGGAUGCAUCAACGUCGUAGUGUUAUCGGCGUAGAGCCUCAGGGUUCAGAUCGUUGAUGAAUAUGUUAGACAAGAGUGGCCCCAGGAGGCUGCUUUGAGGUACACCACAGAAAAACGGGUAACCAAUUAAAACUCUGUUAACCUUAACUCUUCGCUUUUGACCAGUAAAGUAGGAAUGUAACAAAUUAAUUGCCUGCUCAGCAGAUCACCAAAGACCACCAAUUUUUUUGAACGAACUUUCAGUUUUAUCUUCAUUUUUCGUUUGCCACUGAAGAAGGUUUGUUAUCAAAUAUUGGGCAAAUUUGUUUCAAUAUAUAUUUUUCGUUUUAUUCUUUUGUUUACUUCUUCAUCGCCUUGCCGUAAGGAUCAGUUUGCCGUGUCAUACUUUUCUAUAAGUUGUUAUUGUACUGAUCCAGGUCUACAACUGAGAGAUCCGGCACCACUAACUGGAUGAAAAAACAGAUUUGAAAUGAGAUAAAUGUGGGACAAAUGUGGUCUAAAUAUAAAAUUUGUCAUAUUUGUUCACAUUUGUGCAAAGCACAAAUUAGACAUUUGUCUUUAAGACAAAUAGGAUAAUGAUGCAUUUGCUAUCUAAGACAAAUGUGAACAAAUACUGUGUAAAUGUAGGACAAAUAUAACAUUUGCUUUGUGACAAAUGCAGAUAAAUGAGCCAGACUGCAAACAAAUGUGUUCAAAUGUGUUCAAACUUUGUCAAAUAACAUAUUUGUAUGGACAAAUAUAGAGCAAAUUUUAUAUUGUAAAGUGAGUGUGCCAGGCCAGUACAUACGUACUACCCUUCUCUCUUUUCUUCCCUGGCAUCUACCCCUUUAUUGCUUCUUGCAAUUUGCACUUAACACAAGCUUUCAACCUUUCUUUAAAGUGGACUAAUGCUGCAGAAGUUCAUUCAACUCAACUAGGACAGGUUGAAAGACCAUCAGUUCGAUCCCUUUCCCCCUCAUUUAUCACAACCCUUGCCUGAAACCCUGAUAUAACGAAGACACUGUUAAAACAGUAACCAUCUUCAUUGCACUUUGUUCCUUGAAACUUCUUAAAUAUCAGAGUUCCACUGUAAAGGGUGCAAGGUGAUUACAGUAUUUAAAGAAAAAUGACUCAAGAAUUUUAACUGACAAUUCUCAUUUAUUUCACAAAGCUUGUCCUGAUCUUACAAUUAACUGUAAAACAAAACUAAAACAUUAAGUUUAACAAGUGUCAGUUCAUUUCAGGAUGACCAAGUCAAAAGACUUUAUUAGGUAGACAAAUAAACAGAAAGUGACCAAGUUGGGAUUGCAAAAAUCACUUUUUUUCCAAAGUGACCGAAAUGGGGUCUAUAAUAUGGCCACAGAGUAGACUAUCGGUAUACAGUAAUGGGAUAGGGAUACUGAGAGGCCAGCAGCACAUACCCAGUAAAAAUUAACAUUAAAUAAAACUUUCCCUUCAGGUACCAUUGGUACAACAUCCAACAAAGUGUAUCUUUAGUUAUUUACCACAGGAAAGAUAACAAUCUUCAUUGCACUUAGUUCCACUGUUAUUAGAGUAUGUAAUUUUAAAUAAUAGCUAUUAAAAACACCUCUGUUAAGUGGACACCUUGAGAUGGUCCCUGUUUCUCUUUAUAACUCACUCUAUUUGGAUCUCUAUAAGACGGAUAUACUGAAUCAGUAGUGCUGGUCCCAAAGGUGUCCAUCUUAAAGAGAGUUGACUGUCCAGACAAAAUAUUCUUAUUUCUUAUAUUAAAAAUAUAUCUAAAUGCACUUUAGGAAAUACCACUAACAAAACGCAAAUGCCUCACAAUUGCCAAGGUUUGUUUGGUGGGCUAUUGAUACUUGCCAAAGGUAACAAAACUAAUGAAAUAGCUGACUUCUGGAGUGACUGCUAGAGGGUUUAAUGUACAUUUGUCAUUAAUCAAUAAUGCUACAAAGACUUGACUAAAAUUUGGUAAACAGCAAAAAUUUCACAUAUCAUAAUAUAUUUUUGUACACGCAUCUUAUUGAUAGCUUGAGAAUUUGCAAAGUAAUCAAAGACUAUACCAUUUGCACUCUUCAAUGUUUGCCACCGUUAACCAAAUAAUCCAAGUUACGUUUAUAUAAGCUCUUAGAAAAUCCAUAACAUGUACUGUUAUUAAAAUCUAUAAACAAAUAAUGGACUUUGGACAUUUAAGCCAACAGUUAAACCUUGAUUAUCUGGACCUCAAUUAACCAACUUUUUGAUUAUCACAACUUUUCCUCUGGUCAAAGAUUUCUUAAAUGAAUAUUACAAAUAAACGAGAAGGUAAACCUAAGCCUGAUUUUCUUUUGGCUUCAGAACUUCGAAAGAGUCAUUGAAAAGUUUUCUUUUGUCUUUGAAAAGCAAAGUUGGUACUUUUAUGUGAUGUCAGCCUGCAAGGAAAGUCGUGUCCGAUAGCCCGGGGCUAGUGGAUUUUGCUAUCGGGCUAGUGAUUUUUGUUCUUAACUUGCCUGAUGGGCAAGUGCUGUUUUUUGGAGAAAUUCAAAUUACCGAAGGAUUGUAAUCAAUCCUGCUAUUCAAAAAGGGUUUGGGGGCUAGUUGAAAUGACUUGUGGGCUAGUACGGGGUAGCUGCAGCUUGCCAGAAUGGCAGGCUGUAAAACUGACUUUCUUUGCACCCUGGAUGUAUAUGAUAAAUUAAGCUACCGGUACCCUAUUAAGACAAAAAUUGCCACAGUUGAUUAUCUUCUGUGGAAGGAAGCCUCAUACUACUAAUAACAUAUUAUACUUUUCUAUUAUCUCCACUCUCUUUCUCAUUAAAUUCAUAUGAAUUCAUAUAAACAAGGUCAGGCCAGGUUGUGUAAUGCUGGUUUAUGCAAACUUUGAGUUGAGAUAGGAAAGCUUAUAAACAAAUUCACUUUAAAAGUUCUUUUUGUCUGCAAUUUGAUGAUUGGAUGCUCUAAAAAAGAAGAGGACAUUAAGUGUGAAAAUGUUUUUGAACGAAUGAAAAAGGAAACCAAAUUAUUUAAAAAUUUAUCCCCGUGUGGGUUCUAAUAAGCCUUAGAACAACUGGGCCUAGGCCUUGACUUAGUCUGCUACACAGCCGUUUUUAGUGUCGUCACGCAACGCUUCUUCCCACUAACGGCUGCUGAAAACAGAACUACAUUCCUUUCCCUUUGUGUUUGUGGACUAACGAACAAACCAAUCAUGUACAAGAAAUUUGACAAUACGUGAGCCGCAGGGCGCUAGGAAGCGAGCACGCUUCUCAGUUUUCGACAAAUCAAUCAAUCGUCGCCAAAUUUAGACGGGCUCUGUCAUGCUCUGUGUUUUCAAGCAACGAAAAGGUUAAUUUGCAAAAAAGUUUGUUUUAAGCGGUCAAGAAAGUUCCAAGUGAAAAGAAGGUUUGAUAGGCCUAGAAAACUUUUACCAGGAUCGGUUGGUUCUUCAUGUAACGUAACGUACCGGAUGUGCUCAUUGUGUUCUGUGAAGACUAAACACUCAAAGUCAAAAAGCAAUCUUAUAAAUUAUCGAGGAGCGAUUUCCCAAAACUAAACCUGGCAACUUUAUGAGCACAUCCAUGUUGUGAAUUGCAAUUUGCUCGACUUGCUUGCUGUUGCUGCUUAUCUCCUAAAUUUUGAAUAGGACUCCACUACGAUAACACUGUAGUUAAUUGCUUGUUUUCACGCGACGAUUUUGAUUAUUCUGUCAUUCACACAUGGGGCAACGAUAAAAGCAAAGCUGUGAUUGGAGGAGUCACAGUACCGCAAAGGUGGCGCGAACACUUUCCAGAAAAUGGGAGCUGAAUUAUAAUUGGCUAAUCACGGGAAAGGAAUGUAGUUCGGUUUUCGACAGCCGUUAGUGGGGAGGAGCGUUGCGUGACGACACUAAAAACGGCUGUGUAGCAGACUAGCCUUGACUGAGAAGUGGCCUGAAUGUGGCUCAUGAUGGACCAUCAGGUGCUGGCCUCUCGGAUAUCCCACCCUCAAACCUGGGCUUUGCCAUAGCUCUGGCAUGAGGGAUAAGAUUCUUAAGGUAAACAACACCUGAGGCUGUGCUUUCCAGGUCACCCGUGGCAACUGACUUUUAAUCCUGAGUGUCUAAGGCCCAGUUCAAACGUCAAAAUUCACAUGCGCAGAACUUUAUUCCUAAUUGACUCUACUUAAAUACCGUAUUUAUUCGAUUAACCGCCCUGGGCGCUUAUUAAAUUUUUGGACCUUGCUUGUGGGCGCUUAAUCGAGGUGGGCGCUUAUUCGAGGUUGGGCGCUUAUUAAAUUUUCGCCAUUCUCAGCAAGUGUAGUAUGUUUAUUUUGCUACAAAAUAAUAAAUGGUAAUAACAAAAAGCGAAGAAGUAACAAGGCAAGGUUACAGCCCAAUCUGUAAAAUACUCUGAAGAAAACUCCGUCUUCGGGAGGGUCUCUUAUUAUGUCUUAUUUAAGUUUGUGUGGGAGGGAGUGGGGUGGGGUGGGCGCUUAUUUGAGGCUGUGCGCUUAUUAACUUUUUCUGCCUUUGGGAUGGGCGCUUAUUCGAGGUGGGCGCUAAUUCGAGGUUGGGCGCUUAUUCGAAUAAAUACGAUAGUUAAAUGCGGCAUUUGAUUUAAACGUCAAAUUUAACUCCCUAAACUCUGCUGAAUUUAACUCUGUUAAAAGUCAAUAUUCCCAGUAAUAUAAUCAUAAUUUACCAAAAUUCAUGCAUUAAGUUGGCACAUGUGAACUGCAACGUUUGAAUCAAAAGUUGAACCUUAGUCAAAUCUUCAACUGUUUCAGUCGCAGAUACGGCAAACAUCGCAUUUAAUUUAAACAGUCUUAUUUAAUUGAUUCAAACGUUGCACUUCACAUGCAUCUAACUCUUGCGUUAAGUUUGGCUCAAGUGAAAUUCGACAUUUGAACCCAGCCUAAAAGAAAGUUUUUCAUAGGAACCAUAUCUUGAGCAGUGUGGAUUUCACAGUUUCAUAGCAAUGGAUUCAGACCCUUCAAAUUUUCUUUGAGCACAGCCAUUUGGCUAGAAAAACAUUUUAACACUCAUGAGGUAAAAAAAUAAAACAUAAAUUUGUGAACAUACUCCUCUUCCACUUUAGAGCCACUUGUCAUGUUUUUUGUCAACCAUCUUUCUGCAUGUUGGAAACAAAACAAAAAUUAUAGUUGUAAAUUUACCAAAUAAAGUGCUAUGUUAAAUAAGCUUAAACUUAAGCUUUGAGACAGAAGCAUAUAACCCUGAUAAGGACUUCUGCUUUGAGAUAACCAUAAUCAUCCAUAAUAUACAUGUAUUUGGUUGCUUCCAACAGCAACUUUCUCCAGGCCAUCGAUCUCGUUUUGUUUAAAGAAGAAAUAAAUAUGCCCCACUUCAAAGACUAACAAUAGCUGUGGUCACACUACAGACUUUUACCUAGGUAAAACCGAUUUACCUAGGGCAAAUUCAUCAAAAAUCUGCCUAGGUAAAUUCAUCUCGGGUUUUGUUUUACCUGGGUAAAAAUUCUGGGAAGGUCACACUACUGAUAUCGGCUCCCAAAAUUGUCACGUCAGUUGAAUUUUUUGGAACGUAAAUUCAAGAAGGCAAAAUGCGCAGGGAUCUAGCUGAUCAAAGAGACGUUUUUUUCUUUUAUCUCGCUGUUAUUUCUGUUAUUUCUAUAGAGGCGAACAAAAAACACAUAAAAAACCUCUCAAACAAAGAACUUACAAAUGACCAGAUUAAUUUACUGGCAAAAGGGCUUAAAUUCAUUCCAACACCCGUUACAAAACGAGAGAUACUAAUGACCGAGUUACGAGUUGAGUUGAGUUUGAGUUGAGUUUGAGUUGAGUUUGAGUUAAGUCUGAGUUAAGUUUGAGUUACCGUUGCUUUCAUUUUUGUUAACUUAAAAGUGGUUAAUGGAAGAUCCAGAUCGUUUUUACACAAAAUUGACCGACUGUUCGUUUUUUCACGAAUGAAAAAGUGUUUAAUAAUUUUACAUUCCCAAACGUGAAGCGUUGAAUUGUCCUCAUUUUGUUGGCCUUGACGGUCAAGAUGACCGGUCACAUUCGAUGAUAUUGAAAUGAACUAAAGUUUUCUAUGCUGUUGUUUACUACCAGUAUACACCUGGCUAUAUUGGGAACUUUGAUCUAAAAAAAUGAAGUAGAAGUGAACUGAAUUAAACUGUUGUUUACUUACAAUUCACGAAUUGAAACAGAAAUCGGCGCGGGGUUCGCGAACUUCCGGUCUCAAAUUUAACAAAACCCGUAAGUCCUGAAUUUAUGUAUUUCUUUCCAGCAGAUAAAGGAUGAAUUUUUAAGCCUGUGUAGCGAGACAUUUUAGGGUCUUUUAGUUAUUUAUAGCAUUGCGAAUGAAGUGACUGCAUUUGUAUUAAAGGUGUCGCUUGAUAUUGUUUUUGUCGGUAUGCAAAGUUAUUACGGUCCGACAAAACUAAAGCAAUCCGUGCACGCUGUAGCCUGUGUACAGACGCCCCUCCCCUCCCCUCAGAAAAAAAAAAUCUGGGGGAGGGGGCGUCUGUACACAGGCUAUGCACGCUGUGUUUUUUCUCUUCGUAUUUCUUUUCUGUCAUUAACUUAAAGAAUAAUAGAAUUAAUGACAAUUCCAUUCAACCUCCCCGUUUGAGAGGCAGAUAUAUAUGCGUAACAACGUACGUUUCGAAUCAAAGGUUAAAGUAUCGCUUUAGUCGCUGCGUAUGUAAAUUAACCUGAACUCACUGGAGACAAAAAAAACUUGCGAUAUCUCGGUUAAAUUCUUGUAAAUAAAUACUGGCAUAAGAGCCAGCCCGUGAAUAAGAAAUGCUAACGUACGCAAUAUUGCGGUAAGCUUAUGUUUUCACAAUGACAUGGUCAACAGUUUUUUUUAAAAUUAUUUACAGAAAAAUCAAAAUACGGUAGAUCACUUUCAUAAUGUUCAGUCUGAAUUCUUGAACACAAAAGUGCUUGUUUUUACGCUCCGAAGGCUUUCCGAGGAAACACGAAUGCAAAAGUAUAUGGUAAUUUUGCUAAUUUUAAUCCACGGACUUUUGUCAACACUUCAUGCAAAAACAACAAUGCGUUGCAAAACAGUGUAUUUUACCAGACAGCGUUUUGCACAUGCCAUUAUUGAUGCAGAAACAUUCGGGGCCUCUUCGUGAGUAUUUCGCGCAUUUUCGGUAUCAGCCGUCGCACUUCGUGCAUACUUUUCAUAAAUGCAUACUGAAGAGCGGAACCUUUCCCCACGACCUGAAAGAGACAGGCGCCUGCCUUCAAAUGUUUUUUGGGCUUGUCACGCACUCCUUUUUCCGACGGCGUGAUGGGCGAAAAACGAACGUUUAUUUUUUAAUUUUUUUCCUUUAAGUUAAUGUUUUGAAAUAUCAUUCGAACUAAAGAGAGUAUAUUCCAACAACAAAGGAAACUCAAAUGAAAACAACAACACCAAACGGGAUUUCUAUGUCCUGUCGCUCUUAGGUCCUUACAUUUCUUUACAUUAUCUCCUCGUCAAUCAAUUUCUGAUAUUCAUCGGGAGAUAUGUUGAUAUUCUCGUCUAGUGCGACAGCCAUCGGAGGAACAGUCAAAUUGCUUUGUCUUGGUUGCGUGCUUAUGCAAUCUUUUUGGGGGCAAAAUCGAAAAUUACGUAGUACCGCGAAGCGAUUUCCAUCCGCGGUUGCAUUUGGUGUGACAUACAGCCCCUCGACUGUAAUGCAAAUGUCUCCAUCUGAGAAAUGAGUCUCGCAGCCUGGUUUAGCACACCUUGGUUUUGGGCCAGGUUGUGAUUUAAACCGCUGUACUUGCCAAACUUGCUUCCUUUUUGCAGCGUGGUGUGCGUUAAAAAUGGCUACAUUUGUUGGUUUAGUCACUACGGGAGAUUUCAAAUCCAGCUUACUAAAUAAGUCGUCCAAUUCAUUUUUUGUCAAUGCUUUCUGAUAGAGACGAUAGUCUUCAUCUUGAACUUUAAAGAAGUUCAAAAGCACGAAAAGAACAUGUUUACAAAUAUUAGCACUAUUCGCAUACGGACAAUUACAUGUUGGAUGCUCAGAAAUCUUGACCUCAUAUGUGUUUAGUCCCGAUCUGAUUACGAAUUGCCUCUCGUUUCUUCCAAGCUCGUUAGAGUCAACAAGCAAGAAUGUUUCCUUCUUGGCGAGCUCCAAGGAGCGCUGGAACGCCUUACUGGCACUUUUUCGGAAACGGCCGUCACGUCUAUCCUCACGUGUCCCAGCUUUGGGGGCUGAAUGAUGCGAAUCGUCCUCAGAAGACGAAGAUGCUAAGUUACUUCCAUCGCUAAAAACACUGACUUGACGUUUUCGUUUUCGUGUCGCUCUAUGGGAGCAGUUAGCAUCUACAGAUGAAGCUCUAGAAGACUCUGCUUGUACAUAUAAGGAAUUGUCGACAACACCUGCUGAAAUUUCUUCUCCAAAGGCUUUCGCUCUUGUCAUUUGCUGGAAAUAGUUGUGGCUUUGAGUCUGUCACUUUGGCUCCGAUGUUUUCCUCCUUUAUAAGUUCCAUAACCGUAUGAUUGAAGUUUCUUUGAGAGCAUGAUUGCUUCUGCCACAUCCUCCUCUGCAGCCAUGGCAAGGGUUAGCCUGUAAGAUCCUUUUUUGGCCCACUGCGAGUGACCAACUUCAGCCAAAUUGACGUUUGGGGUAAGUGGUGCACCACAUUUGAACGCCUUAAAUAUAUGGGUCCUUCUUUUAUGCCACCAUUUGAACCAGCUAAUGAUAUGACCUCGCUUUGCAGGCUUUUCAUCUGAAAAUGCUACGAGUUCUUUCCUGGCUUGAUCGUAACGAUAAGGCGUUGGUGCUUCAAAAAUGUUCCUAGCGAGAGUCUUGAACGUAUGCUUUGACUUAUCACUCCAGUUCGUAUGUAUCUGCCUGUUGCAACACUGAAAAAAGUGAAAUUCACAAGACACACACUGUUCUAAGGAUUUACUGCCAAAUACUUUUUCGAUGGCAUCCCAGUUUCCUCCUGCUUCAUCGAACAUCCAUCCCGCUGGAUUAAAGAUAUAUUCAUCGUCCCCUGUAAAAUCUCGUAGAACCUCAAAAAAAAAAACAACGUCAAAUGAAUUACAAUUAAUAAUAUUGCAGUGCACAUCCAUCGCUGAUUAUACUUGUGGAUUCAAAGGCCCAGUAUCACCCAUUCGGCUUUGCGGUCCUUUGAUUUUGUUUUCAAAUGACGAGCUCGCUCGUGAUUGGCUCUUUCGGGAAUUUUCGCCUGCGUUAAAGUCAAUCGCAGAGGCAUUGGGCGCGCAAUGCAUUUUGGGUGAUACAGGGCCUUUAACCCAAAAAUGACGUAUUCAAUAUCUUUGAAUAAGUUGUCAAAUUAAAUGAUGUGUUUCUUUUAUAUGUCUGAACGAUGUAAAACAUAAUAAAAUUAUUAAUAAUGCGUCCAGAUAAAUGCAAAAUGCGUAAAAUAGGCAAACUUAACGUAACAUUGCUAUUGAAUUUCCUUUUGUACCCUGCGAGCAGUGGACUCUUGUCGUCCGGCGUAGCUCGGCGUAGAAGAAUCCAGGGUACUCCGAUCCUUUUGUGGACCAUUUCGUGAGCGCAACGAGCGUCAUCUUUGAAACUGUUUUAAACUUUUCCCGCCAAUUUUAUGCGCGCGGUUUACCACUCAAUCUUUUUUUUUUUACUUUUUCCUGUUAAUUGCCUGCACAGGCGAUUUGUAUACGUAAGGCCUCCAAUCACCUGUGUAAACCACCGAUUUGCUUGCGAUUUUAAUGGGAUGAAAGCAGAGUGCAUGCAUGUUGUAUGCAGAACACAGGCAAUUUGAACCUGAAAACUUUGCAGGCGAUUAAAAUUGCCGCAAAGUUCUUCAGAAUCACUAAGAGUAAAACAAAAUGGGGAUUAAGACCAUAAUACUGUACAGGUAGUCGAGCACGGAAUUUUACCAGAGCAGUUGAAAGCAUUCUUCCAUCAAGCCUUUAAAACUCCAUAAAAUUACAUAGAUUUCCAGUGGCGGAUCUAGGGGAGCCCCCCACGCCCCCGAGGACGUCUGCGUCAGCCACUGAUUUGUAACAGAACAACAAAUCACAAGUAGAAAUUAAUGGAACACUGGGACACUGCCUAGCUAACAAAAACAAGAUCAAAGUUACCUCAUUAAGAUUGUUCCAAAACGUCUGUAUUACGAGACUGGACUCGGCCUCACACUCCAUUGUAGCUAAGUUAACAAGCUCAUUUAAAGUUGGAUGCCACACCCAAAGGGUCAGUGUUUUGAAGCCUUGGCAUCGACUGUGCACGGCAUCAAGGAAACAGAACUCUUUGGAUAGAGGAUGCUCACUUUGAUCUUUGUCCAUUUGAACACAUAUUUCAGCUUUUUCUCUGCUCGUUUUAAAGACAAGGCUUUGUUGGCCAUUAUUGAAGUGACGAUUAUUAAUUUUCCAGACUAAGUACUGAUCUUUCUCGUCUGUUUUCUUCUUUAUUUCUGCAACAGCAUCAAAGUUGUGCCCAUGGGGAUGCAUGCUAUUUGCUACUUUAGACUUUAUGUUCUGCACCUUUUUCUUGUCUAGCAUUGCUUCGGCAACAUCCUCCACUUCCGACCACGGUCUGCCUUCUCUGAUCAUGUUUGUUAGCUUGGCAGUUGGAACUGCAGAGGGCUUAACCAUUGAAUGUGUUUUGAAAAACUGUUCAAUGUCACUGUCUGCGUGUAGCUUGGGCUUAGGAAUAGCUGUGCAAGUGUGAUUCCCAAUAUGGUAAAUGGUUGCAAUGUUAGAACCUUCUGGAUAUUCACUGACCUUCCUAGCUGAGCAAGAAAUGUAUUCACCUUUGAAGUUGCAAGAUCUGCAAAGUUCGUUUCCUCCAGAUCUAACGAACUGGACACUGUUUGCUCUUCCAAAUUGUUUUUGUAGGGACAGUUCUUGUUCGUGCAAAGGUAAGAACCCCUACAAGAUUGAACAUUUCUCUUUCCACGGAACCCCUUUCGACUUGAGGUGACCCACGGUUUCCAGGGACGACCAUCGUGUAUGUUACGCCCAUCUUUGUGAAACCGAACUUGGAAAACCUUCGAACCAUCUAUAUCAUAGGGUAACUCGUUAACCACUUCAACAUCAACUCCAAACCAUAAAGAUGGAUCCAGCUUGAGUCUCUUUCUGUAGUGAUCAAACGACAAGAAAUUAAAAAUACAGCGAUACUACAAACUAAACUUUAGCUAGGUACUUUUCAUUAGAUACGUGAUUUUAACAUUAGUAUGAUGAAGACGAUUUUUGUCGAUAUUCAGUAUUUGUAUUUUUCGAUCAUGCAAAGUACUUAAAAAAUGUUAAAAAUAAAUUCUGAACAAGACUAUAACACUUGUUAUUAUUGCCUUUAUAUCUGAUAUUAAGGUUGGAAAGGUUACCUUUUUUUUGUGCUCAGAGUGAGGUGGCAGUGAAGUUUCGUUCAAACGCUUAGGGACGUUAUCGUUGACGGAAUCAUCAUCCUCUGAGCUACUCUCUUUCGAUGUUCGUUCCCUCGUAAUAAGUCUAAGGCACAAAAAUAGAUAUGUUUAUUUUAAAGUUAUCUGAUAACUGCAACAUUUUCCUAAGAUGGUGAAAUCGUUUUCAACACUAAUGAAAGGUUUGUGCAGUCCAAUUACGCAGACAUGGUAAAUAAAAAAUCAUUUUAGCGGGUAUUAAUGUCUAUGGAGUUCCCAUGUUCCAACUACUUUGAAAAACCAACUCGCGAAUACUGCGGGAAGAGAACGCGUCUGCGUUUCUCUGCGAUUAAUUGUGCUUUGGCUACAUGUUUUGGCAGUGUAUGCACCUAAAACUGACUGAUUUCCCAAGUUGUCGAUGAUUUCCGAAAAUGAUUCGAAGAUGUUUCGACUACUGACCAACACCUCAUAUUAGAAAUACUGCAGGUUCCUAUAUGUAUGUUCAGUUAUAACAUGCGUUCAGGCGCUCUUUUUUCGAAGCAAACGUCAGCCGAGCGCGGGAAUCACACGCCCUCAGCCGACUUUGGCUUCAAGACCACCUCAUCGUAGGUUUAUAUAUUGCCCUCGGUGGAAAAUUACGUGAUUAGCAUUUUAAAAAACGCAUGUAACUUAACCGUUUUCGCACAAAAGUCGAAUCUGAAAGAUCAGACGAACUUUCGUCAAGGUUAAUAGCGGAGAUACGAGUUCCAGGUAGUUUCCUGUCAGAAGGCAAAGAAAAGAAGAAAAAAAAAUAUGAUUAUGAUUUAUUAGGUACUGAAUUCAAUUAAUUUCUCAAACCAAGAGCCAAAAACUAUAAAGGGGACUAUAUACAUAAUAGAAGACGGACUGAUCAACUGUAGAUUUGACUUGGCAGUUGAUCAGUCCGUCUUCUAUUAUAAACAGCUCUAGUUUUACUAUUGAGCACUCUGAAAGCAGUUCUGCAGAUCAACUUAUUUUAAUUUAUAUAUAUUUUAUAUUUAUAUAUAUAUACUUUAAGAGAUGUGAUUAACAAAUCUAACUCACUCUGUAAGUGAAAAGACUGAUUUAGAAAGCAAUUCGUCACUGUCACUGUCUAUAUCCGCUUUAACUUUGCCUUCACUAAAAUUAAAAAGAAAAACAAUAAUGUUAUCCGCAAAUAAGGUUUCCAUAUACCUUCAGGAGUGUCUCAUUAUAUCUGAAUUGUAUGCCGUUAUGCCUUAGUUGAUGGAAAAAGGAUUUUACCUUUUUACUGGAGAAUCCUUUGUUAAGUCUAUGGUCGAUACGCUAGUUGUAGUAUUUUCCUUUUUACUGGAGCAGCCAUCAUUCUGCCGAGAAAGAGAGCGUCGUGUAAAUCAAGAGAUUUUGGUGUGUGCAAUAUCCUAUCAAAUUGCGAUAUUUUAUUUAGUAUUUUAUUUAAACUUACUGUUAAUUCCAGCAAUGAUACGAAACAUUAUGGGCCGAGUGCAGAGAAAAAUAUUGCGAAGCGGCAACUUACCUUUUCAAAUCUGUAAGGAAAGCAACCUAAGGGCAGGACAGGUAUGCCGGGAGAAUAACUCUCUUCUUCCCAUGACUCGAAAUUGGAUGGGCCUUUUUAUCUUACGUCGAUUUUUCUAAGAAAAAAGGCAUUCAAAACAUUAACAUCUAGCAUUAACUACAUGAAAAUUAUAUAAAAACGUAUAUCAGAAUAAACUAAACAUCUUGACGUAGCCCUUUUGAAUACAUAGGUAGGUACUAACCGUUGCACAGAAUCGUUCAGAAGAAGUAUCAUCGUUACAACUCGAGGUCUCAGAACAAGAUUCAUCACCAUCGCUCACCACAAUCAGCUCAUCCUAUUCAACAAAUAAAAUUACAUCACUCAGGGUGGCUAUAGAGCGGUAAAUUAGAUUUCAUAAGGGAGUAGCGAUGCAAAACUAUUUUUGUCGAAAACAUAGCGAUUUUAUAGAAUGCACAAGCUCAGAACAUUCAUCAACUACGAAACCAAAUUCAUAUUGUAAAUCGUUGGCAUUUCCUAACAACGAUCGAAUACUCUUUAGCCUGUCAGUGGGGCGAGCGAAAAAGUCGGGGCCAGCAAAUAUAAAACGUGCGGGGAUGCGAGAAGAAAAGUGACCUGUUACCCAGUCCCGCGCGUGUUAUCUUCACUUGUCCGCACUCAAUGGUCAAAUGGUCAAUAUGGUAUUUUUUUCAACGUUGCCAUUAUUUUUUUUCUUGAGGGAGCGUAUGUUAAUUGACAUGUUAAGAUUAUAUGAUACCUUGUUUUUACGUUCGUUUUGGUAUGCUGCAACGGAUAGCUCGAUUUUGAUUUGACUGGCUCCUUUUGUGAAGCUUCCUGGACAUGUGGCUGCUUAUCGACCAAGUUUCUUUUUAACACUUCAGCAUAAUGACACACUCCCCUGCAUAAAGAUAACAAUAAUUCACGUAUGUGAGCCCUGACUUGUUAGAAAAUGCAUUACAUUAUUACAUGUGAAGGACUUAUUACCUUUUCCUUGGGUCGAAGGGCAAUAUAGUGGUUCCCAGUGUGUCCAAAGAAAAGAGUAUUUCCUGCGGUGCCUUCUUUUGGCUCGAUGGUUUUUACGAAGUUCUCAUCCUGCGGGGCGUAAGAUUUAAAAUUAAUACUGAAAUAUACCUGACGGCGAAGCGUCAUCAUAUUUUUAAAACCGCCAAUAGAGAUCCGAAGAGAGGAAAUUGGAAUGACUUCAAAAUUAACUAAAAAAAUUAUAAUGUUACUCUAGAAAUAGUAACACACCUUUCGGAUAAGCGUUUGUUUUAGUUCGUACUACAGUGCUAUUAAUAACAAUUUGCGUACCAAUUAACCAUUUGCUCUGAACCGUAUGCGGCCAGGGUGCAUUCCCGUGUGCACGCCACCCCGAAGAUACGCCAAAUUUUGUCUACGCCAAAGUCCUCUAUAAUUCUUACCUAAAAUAAGUCAUCUGGGGCCAGUUGUUCCUUUGAGCUGGCAAACUUUGCCAGCUCAAAGGUGCCGCUGUACGCCAGUACGCGGCGCAAGUUUGAAAUCCACGCCGAAGAUCUUCGGCGUAACCUACGUAGAAUCUGGUAUUAAAUCGGGCAUCCUGUAUUUAUUGGCGAAUUCAGUGCGGAACGGAGGUUUAGGCUUGAAAACUACUGGCUAUAGAUACGACCACUUCUGCCAAUUUCCAAGGUUGCCGUUUACCACAGCUUCGACUUUAUUAUUUAGGCAUACAUUACUUAGGUAAAGUAGAAAAUUCAAGUAGUUUACCCCAUGUACUGUUAUAAUAACAAGCUUGUAAUGCAAGGCAUCUGCCAAGGCUUGGAUGACAAGCGAAUUCGCAUAGUUGUUUCGAAGUAUUUCUAAAGCCUCUGACCAUGUUCCUGGCACUUCCCUUCCACCCAUAUCUGUUUGACACAGAAAGGCCAGUCGAUCAUCUCCGUUAUCCUGUGUAAUGAAAGAAGUAGCAGGCCUCCAUUUUCUGUACUAUUUUUUUUAUUAUUAUUUCACAAUGUAAAAACUUUAGAGAUACCGUAUUUACUCGAAUAAGCGACGCCCCCAAAUAAGCGCUGCCCUCGGGCGCCGUACUUGAGAAGCACCGCGGCGCUUAUUCUAAUAAAUAUGGUAUGUCCCUGCAAUAUUUCCAGUUUAUAUUAUUCUUGCUUUCAAAAGAGCGGUACAACAGCCAAGUUAUCUUAAACCCUAAAAGUCAGGCCCGUUCCUCGCGUUAUUAAAUUCCCUUUCUUUAAAAAAAAAAAAAAACAUUUUCCCUCUAACUCGCGUUAUUAAAUUUAAAUCACGUUUAUAAUUGUCUACAAUAAGGUAUAACAAUUGCCUGAAUGCUGCGUUUGAAAGUGAUUUUUCCGGCGCACUGGGAAGAGGGUGUAUUAAGAAAAGGAUAGACUUUUUUUGUGAGCCCGCCGAUAUUUUAGCAUACUGGAAAUCCAGUGUCAAAUAAAUAUUGAAUUAAAAACAUUCAGGAACCGGAUACAUUUUACUAAAAAUAUAAAGGUAUUAACUUGUCACGUCCAGAUUUUAAUUUCCAAAGCUGGAAAGUUUCCUUCAGGUAUAGUUAAAAACGAUAUGUAAUGUUAUUACAGCAAUUAUGUUCUGUUUUCUCUGGAGCUGUCAGACAAAAGAAUAACAAUCUUAUCUUUCGUAGUCGAAGAGACAGAAUGCGAUGACACUUGUUUUCCGGACAAAAUCAACAUUCCAUUGCUUUCUAUUCAGCUAGAUGUAAAAAUCCGAGUUUCAUGAAUAAGGUUCCUCCUUUUUUCGAAAAAGUGUUUAGAAAUUGUAAGAAUGUUGAGUAUUUUUUAAAAAAUUUUACAGACACUGAGUAUUAAAUGGAGACAAGUGGUAGUGUUAAGUUGUUGAAGUAUGUGGAGGACAAAGGAUUUCAAAUAGACAUAGACUUCAACCCGCCUUGCGAUGGCACGUGCUUCUAUGAUUCAGCAGGCUAUCAGCUGGGUCUUAAUGCAACGAUUUUUUUUUUCAAUUUUGAGAUUUUUCAACCCUUGACUUGUUACCCUCGACCCUCGACGUAUUACCCUCGAAAACACCGAACAUGUACAAAAAUAAAUUCAUUGACAAACACGGCAUCAAAGCAAUCGCUUCAGACUUAUAAAAACCUAGGCAACCUUUCUUGCAUCUUCAGAAUGAAAUUGAACAAAAAUGGCCAGAAGAAAUUAACUACUUACAUCAAACUGAUGAUUAUCCAGGUACUCAAAGAUGACAGAGGUCAAUGUUGACGCACUAAAUCCAAUUUGAAACGAAGCGGCGUGAUAAAAACAUUUGCCGUCUGCUGGUGGGUCGAAUGCGACCUCAAAUCCGGCCUCUGCCACUCUAGUGGCUAGUUUUGAAGAAACACUUGACUGAGGAAAGAGGCAAACACAUGCAACAGUCAGCCUACUGUCAGAGUUCUAGUAAAUUUGAUUCACUAAGGAGCAAACAUGUUAAAAUUAACCGAUUUACUUACCAUUCUUGUCGCCAACACAGUAAGUUCGAACUAAAGUGCGCUGUUAUCUUUUUUCCUAAAUGAUUUUCCACGUGGAUAGCAAUGAGUGACAGCUGUCAUUGGAUACCCCUUCGAGUAGCGGAGCGGUGGAGCUGUAUGUUUCAUUCUCUCAGAAUAAAAAAUGAUGACUUCAACUUAAAGUCAGUCUGUGAUUGGUUGAAAAAUUCCGCGGCAAUUUAAUGGGUUCCUCCGUAGAAAACAAAAAACUUCAAAAAAUAUUCAAAGUAAGGACUAAAAUGUUGAUUACUUUGUCAAGUUUGGUAGACAAAGCAACACUGUAUUCAAUGAAGCGAUCCUUUCUAUCAAAAGUGAACGAUACGAUAAGUUCUAAAUCUCUUUUUGUUGGUUUGAACGGUUUGUUUACAUCGAGCUGAGCUAUGCGCGGGCUAAUCACGCCAUGAUAAUUUUGAAAAAAAAAAGUUUUCGCUAAAAACUUGGCAAACUUGCGUUAUUUACUCAUUUUGUUCGACGCAUGUUUCUUUGAAAAACUUCAGAAAGAUGUUCUUUCGAAUUUUUAUGUUUCAAUGAGUAAUUUAUGGCGUGAAAAGUCGGGUUUUUCGAACUUUUUUUGCAAAACAAAAACCUGAUAACGCGUAUAGCAAGAAUUUUUGUUUUGAGACGGCAAUACUGCACUAUAUUGACGGCUAGUUGGAUCUCCGUAUUGAGCCGAAAUUGAGCCAUCACGAGGAACACUGCUUCGCGUCGCGCCAGAGAGAGAGGAACCUGGGAGCGAGGUAACUCCGUUUACAAGAUGGCGGCUAGGCAAGUCGCAGGUAAAACUCCAGGGAUGUUUGCUGGUGGAAUAAUCGACGACCUCCCCGACCAAUUUAAGAAAAACGGAAUUACUCAAAAAUGGCUCACAGGCAUGGCUCGCAUGACUCGCACCGUGGCUCGCGUGGCUCGCAGAUUUGGUUGACCCAACUCGAUCGGGUAUUAAAAACUAAAAUACCACCUCAAAAAUAAUAAUUUUUAUAUAAAUAAUCCGCACAUUUUAUGUCGUGUGGAUAGUAUUAACGACAUUUUAAGUAAAAACGGUAACUACAACUUAACUCAAACUUAACUCAAACUCAACUCAAACUCAACUCAAACUCAACUCAACUCUUAACUUGGUAAAUAGUCGAUCCCUUACAAAACAAACACAAAUCAGGCAACAACUCUUGCGUGACUUUGAUCAGUUUGCAAGAAGAAUGCGUCUCAUGUACAUAUUUCGAGGGGAAAACAACGAACCCCAUCCUUACCAUGUCAAAUCUGCAUGGGAACCACCAAUACAACGAUCAGUAGCCCUUGAAAGUUACCUAGAAGAGGUUAAGAGCGACCUUGCAGAAAUAGAAAUAACAAAGCCAAAAAAUAAUCUGCCUCCGGCCGAACGUGAGGCUCUGAGAGCCCUAAAACGUGACACUGAAAUAAACCUUAAAAAGGCCGAUAAAGGAACAACAACCGUAGUCAUGAACACACAAGACAAAAUUAAAGAAGGCCAAAUUCUACUAGACAACAAAGACAACUACAGGCCUCUUGCAUCACCCAUGGUCACUGAUACAAACCAUAAAGUUAAACAACUUAUUACAGACCUCCACAACGGGGAUCACAUAGACGACAUGACUAAAAAAUGGCUUUGUCAAACACCAAAUCCGCCUCGAAUUCCAGAAUUUUACACCCUCACUAAGAUACACAAGCCGUCCCCGGUCGGCAGACCGAUAGUAUCAGGGUGUGAUGGCCCAACAGAGAAAUUAUCAUCAUUUGUCGACAAACUCCUUCAGCCGAUAGCACAACAACAAAAGUCUUAUCUUAAAGAUACUACCGACUUCGUCAAUUUCAUAGAAAAUACGAAAGUCCCAGUGGACGUCAUACUUGUUUCAAUGGACGUUACGAGCUUGUAUACAAAUAUACCGCAAGAGGAGGGAAUAGACACGGUAUGCAGAGCAUACGAAAUAUUCUAUAGAAACGAACCUCCUAUCCCUACACAACUACUAAAACGAGCGCUCAGGCUAAUUCUCCAAGAAAACUCUUUCCAGUUUAAUGGAAAAACUACCUUCAAACACAUGGUACGGCCAUGGGCACGAAAAUGGCAGUCGCCUUUUCUAAUAUAUUCAUGAACAAGGUAGAGACGGAAAUCCUUAGCCGAAGCCUUUUCAAACCGCUCGUUUGGAAACGUUACAUAGACGACAUCUUCUCGCUCUGGACUACAAACAGAGCCAGAAUAAAACAUUUCAUUGAACAAGCAAACAAUCAUCACCCUACGAUCAAAUUUACGGCUGAAAUUUCCGAUAAGGAAACAACAUUCCUGGACACCUACAUCUACAAAGGGGAAAGAUUCGAAAGAGACGCAAUCCUUGAUGUGCGUACUCAUUUCAAACCAACUGAGACAUUUCAGUAUACCCAUUUUGCUUCCUGUCACCCGCAAGGAGUUAAAAAGGCUUCAUUAAAGGGAAGCCCUCCGACUCCUCAGAACAAACUCUUCCGAACUAAUAUUCGAAGAGAAAAUUACAAAUUUCAAAGCGCAUCUGCUACAGAGGGGUUACCCAGAGGAUCUUAUUAACACAACCCUCUCAGAGGUGAACUUCAAAGACAGGAAACUAGCCCUUCAACAGAAACCAAAGACAAACCAACGAAUCUUGCCUUUUGUCACACAAUACCAACCAUCAGUGCCAAACCUAAAGCAAAUUCUCAUGAAAAACUGGCAUUUAAUAGAACAACAACCAUUACUGAGCGAAAUCUACAAAAAACCGCCCCUCGUAUCUUAUAAAAGAGGGCGGUCGCUCAAAGACAUACUCGUGAGAGCCAAACUAUAGAAAGGCUAUUUUAAACACGCGCUGGGGAGUCGUGUAGGCCUGUCAACCCCAUUUUACACUGAUUGUCCCUCAAAAAUUGGGCGCUUUAAGCUAAGUUGUAGGUUCCUGUGAUGUUUGAUACAACGCAGGCAAGUCGGCGCCUUUGAAGACACGCUAUCAGUAAACUGUUCAGCUCCAAAGAAUAAGCACAAACUCUCACGAUCAAAAGCAUUUCUUAUAUCAUCAAAGCAACAAGAAAGUAAACCUACCCUUAAAUCCAUUGCAACUUCUCCUUUAGAUUCUCUGCGUGACAGUUUUGAGCCGCGUUUGCUGUUAUUUAGUCGCUCCUGUUUUGCGAGUUACGUUAUCUUGCUGAACUGCUGCGUUUGCUUCUUUCAGUUUCUUCUGGCUCUCUAAAAUAGAAUCUAGUCUCCUGUUCGUGUUUUCCAUCAGGAAAAGUUGUCUUUCUUCAGCAGGACUGCUUGUAGCCAUGAUUGAACCAUAAAAUACGAGUCUAAAGACAACGAAAACUAAGGGCCAAGCUGACAAACAACUUUUCGAAAUGAACUGAAGACGCUGUCAAAAUGGUGAUCAAACAUACCGCGCGUGUAGCUGUGGACAUUUGAUUGGCGUUCUAUCGCUGACGUAACGCGAGUACUUUUCGCGCAUUCGCGCGCGCGUUCAUUCAAAAAGACGAUCAAGAUGAACGGAUUAGAGAAUAGGGUGUACUUAUCAGCAGCACUUAUCUGGACUUAAGCAUAAAUUCUGGAAUGGAUUUCGCGUAAUACUGAUAUUUACUAUAAUUAUUGUUAUAGUGAAACCUCUAUUAGGCGAACCCCCAAUAAAGCGGACACCCUCUAUUCAGCGGACACUAAACCGGGUCCCGAAAUUUUAAUUACGUCUUAAAUUCCCCUUUAUAACGAACCCCUAUUCAGCGGACACUUCUAUUAAGCGGACGCGGACACUAAAAUAAAUUGUAUUUGGCUAAUUUUUAUUGUUAAUAACCUCUAUUAAGCGGACAGCGGACCGAAUUAACAAUAGUAGUACUGGAUUACGUCCUUGAAAAACGUGCUGUAGUCGAUUAAUAAAAGUAAGUCAAUACAACAUUUGGCUGUCGAUAAACUGUACAUUAUACCGAGAGUCUUGCACAACGUACAGCACGGCUUCCUUAGCUUCCUUAACAACAUGGAACUUUAUCACAGUACAGAGUAACCGUUGAAAGUUAAACAUUGCGCAAUUUUUACAAACCGUGUUAAGCGGACACCCUCUAUUAAGAGGACGCUUGGGAAGGUCCCGAAGGUGUCCGCUCAAUGGAGGUUUCACUGUAUUAUUAUUAUUAUUUUUUUUUCUAUAGUUAGGUCUUUUUACCGGGAAAUUGGUACGGAAAAUUAACAGCAAUAGAUUUAUAUCUCGCCUCAUGGAUCAGAACCUUAUCUUAUUAAAAUCAGCGCAUUGACUAUUAUUAUUAAAAAAAGUUAUAGUUUUCAAAAUUGUCACGGUACUUAUUUACUUAUUUACUUAUUUAUCUUAUAUUUGUUAUUGCUUAAACAUGACAUAAAGAGUUCGGUGAUUGUACAGUGGGACUCCGAAAUAACGAAGAACAUUUCAAGUUCUAGUCCCUUGGUCCUUCAUUAUGUCUAGCGGUGUAUAUGGUGAUGUGGUUUAGACCCUAUAGUGUAGGGUGGUAGUGCAAAUAAGACUCUGCCAUAUGGCUGAAUAAUUUUGGUCUUUUGACUAGAGUUGAACUUUCAUAUUUUUAGUGUCACAGCAUAAUGAUCAAAACACUGACAACUCAUCAAAUUUAAGGAGUCAAAGGGAGGAGGAAUUCUUUCCUUUUACAUCUAAUCCAACUUUUCAAUCUUGGUAAUAAAAAAGGCUAGUGAGCCUCACACUUGCAACGCAAGGUAACUUCCUAGCAUACGCUAAAACUUCAAAAGACUCCUUUUUAAUUCAUGGAUGUAAACAAAUUGUCAUUUUUAUGAAGAGACGGUAAUUUCCCUUUUAUUCACUUCACUUAAAGUAAUUUUUAAUUUUUAAAUUUUUAUCGUGUAGUCGUAAUUUACGCAGGGCCCCUAUUGAUACCAGCCAACGGCUGAUAGGGCCACUCUGCCUAGAUAAAGUUGACUUGACUUGACUUGACUUGAAUACAGUGGAACUUCGAUAUAACGAGCCUCUGUAAACGUUUUAAUCAGCGUAUAAAGUACGGUAAGUUGAUCGGAGCAUUGAUCCAGUGUGAGUAAGGCGCAAUAAUAGCUAGCCAGAAAAUCCCUUAUUGCAAUUUCUACAUAUCUACACCUACAUGCAUCUACGAGUACUUGACAAGGGUUACCCAUUGCGCCAAAAACAACCAAAUUAAUUAAUUAAUUAAUUAAUGAGACAAACAAUAGCCUUGUUUCUAAACAAUUCAGAAAAUCAUAUAGCGAUUUUACUGGAACGAGAAGUCAAAAAGUUAUUUUUCUCGUAUUUGUCUUGUUUUAAGAUAUCUUUGUACAAGGGCAAAUAUAAUGGCAUAUUUGAAUCACAUUUGUCUCACAUUUCCACAAGACAAAUGUGAUAACAGAUUUGUCUCACAUUUGGGACAUUUGAUGGGUGGACAAAUCUGACAUCAGAUUUGUCUUAGAUUUGUCUUUAAGGCAAAUAUCAUUAAAUUCAAUUUUUCGUCCAGUGUGCAUGUACUCAUUGGUUUAUCGCUGUGGAGUUGCUGAUAUUCUAUAUCCUUUGCUAUAUGUUUUUGCGGACUUGACAGUGCACAACGUUAACAUGGUCCGGUCAUUGACCAAUGAAUAAAGAAAUCAAUAUUCAUUCUCAUUUUGCAAGGAUUUUGCACCGUCUCUUCCUUCCCUGUGUUGUUUUUGCUUUUGAUUAUUUCAUUACCAUUGUUAUUAUUAUUAUUAUUAUUAUUAUUAUUAUUAUUAUUAUUAUUAUUAUUAUUAUUAUUAUUAUUUUCACACAGAAACCUCUCCCUUACUCCAGUGGCCACCUCAUGUAUGCAGACAUGAGCCACUUACCGAACAACAAAAACGGGAAAGUUCACAGAGCAUGCGCUUCAACAGUUUACGCUGACAUCAAUCAUUCUGCUAAGAGAAAAGUGAAGACUGGAUGGAAGCCAAGGCUACCAAUAAUGUAA